GCCCGGGCUGCAGGGAGAGGGCCUCUGUUCCCCACACCUGGCUGGGGCGGGGCCUGGCGCACCUGGGAGCCGGCCCGGCCAAGGAAAGAAGCAGAAGACGGAAGUGUCGCUCCCACCUGGGGGGCAAAGCUGGGUGCCCGGGCCCCUCCCCCAGGGGCUGGACCCGUGUGUGACCCCCCCAGACACUCUCCUCCCCCACCCUUAGGUGGGACCCAGGCGUCCGGCAGAGGCCAGGUACACAGCAGGGAGGAUCAUGACCUCCCCAGAGGGGGGCACUGCCCCCCGCCCAGCCCAGCCCCUCACGGACCUGGAUUUCCACUCGGGGGCUCGGAUCGCCGAACUCAACCAGCUGGUGCAGGAGCUGAGCAAGCGAAUGGCGCGGGACCCAGGCGUCCAGGAGCUGGUGGUUCUCAAGGACUUUGUCUUCUCCCUGCUGGGUCUUGUGCAGCAGGUGGACGGGAGGCUCCCGUUGGCCAACGAAUACCUCCUUCUUUCCGGCGGGGCCCGCCAGGGCACGGUGGACGUGGACCCAGGCGUCCUGCGCUGCUUGGCCCCGGGGGCCGACUACGACGCUGACUACACCCUCCUGGUGCCCGUCCUCCAAGCCCGCGGCUGCCCCGUCACCCUGGACCUGCGCCGGUGCCCACCGGGCCACGCCUGGCUGGCACUAGCCCCCUUCGGGGCCGAGGCCUGCCACCGCUGGGCCGACUGCUGCCGUCACCACGGCAAAGAGGCCUACCUCGCCCCGGGCCUGGUCUCGGCCUGGUUCUCCCAGGCCUUGGGCACUGUGGCGGACCGGGCCCGGGCCGCCCCGCGCAGAGGGGGGCCGGCGGUGGAGCGGGUGGCCGGCCAGGGCGGCCUCGUGACCCUGCUCCUGAGCCAUGGCGAGGUGCGGGCGCUCUACGACGUGUUGCCCGUAGUGGCCUUCCAGGGGUGGCCGGCGGCAGCACGUGAGUGGCUGGGCCGCAGCCAUUUCUGGGACGGCAAGCUGAGGGAGGAGGACGUGGCCGGGGGCUUCUACCUCCUGCCUGGCUCUGGCUCGGCUGGGUAUGAGGCCUCGGGCCCGGCUUGGUGUGAGGCUUUGGGCCCGGUGGAGGACUCGGGCCCGGCUUCAUAUGAGGCCUCAGUCCCUGUGGCGGCUUCAGGCCCGGCUUGGCGCGAGGCUUCGGGCCCGGUGGAGGCCUCGGGCCCGGCUUGGCGCGAGGCUUCGGGCCCGGUGGAGGCCUCGGGCCCGGCUUGGCGCGAGGCUUCGGGCCCGAUGGAGGCCUCGGGCCUGGCUUGGCGCGAGGCUUCGGGCCCGGUGGAGGCCUCGGGCCCGGCUUGGCGCGAGGCUUCGGGCCCGGUGGAGGCCUCGGGCCCGGCUUGGUGCGAGGCUUCAGGUCUGGUAGACACCUUGGGCCUGGCUUGGCGUCUGUCCUUCUCCCGGAGCGAGCUCCAUCUCAAGAAGGCGGUGCCGCCCCCGCUGCUCCAGUCUUACCGGGCCGCCCGGGCCACCCUCAGCGGGGCCUGGGGCAGGCGGGUGGGGCCGUAUCACCUCUGGACCCUGGUGCUCUGGGCCUGCGAGCGCCUGCCCGCCCGCUACCUGGGCCGAGAGGAGAACGCCGCCCAUUGCCUGCUGGGCCUGCUGGACGACAUGGCCGCCGGCCUGGGGGCCGGGGCCUGCCCGCACUACUUCCUGCCGGGCUGUGACAGGUUGGCGGGGGGCUUGGAGCUGGGCCUGGCCCGCGCGGUGGCCGCUGUCAGAGGGGACCCGGCUGGGCACCUGCGGCAAGCGGUGGAGAGGGUCAAGAUGGCCACCAAGUUGGGCAGGGGGCCGGACGCGGGGUCGGCUGUUGAGGAGUAAGUGGUGAUGUGUGUGGGGGGUCAAUC